AUGUGGCUGUUUGAAAUUAUUUCAAAAAUUUUCGGUUUUUUAAGGAAAGAAGUUAAAGUCUUAGUGAUCGGGUUGGAUAACAGUGGGAAGUCAACGAUAUUAAACAAGUUACAAUCAAAGGAAACGCAGAAUUCAUUAACGAUUCCAACUAUAGGAUAUAAUGUUGAAAAGAUUAGAGUCAGUCAAAUGAUGUUCCUUUGUUUUGAUAUGUCAGGUAGUGGAGCCUACAGAAAUUUAUGGGAAAAGUUCUACAAGGAAUGCGAGGCGAUAAUUUAUGUAAUAGAUAGUUCCGAUGAACUAAGACUUACUGUUGUAGAAGACGAAUUUCAACAACUAUUGAAACAUCCAGAUAUUUGCAAUAAGCGAAUUCCAAUCCUCCUUUUUGCUAACAAAAUGGAUUUAUCGAAUUCUAUUACAGUCAAAGAAAUCGUCAAGAUUCUUGGUCUGGAACAAUUAAGAAACAAAUCAUGGAGGAUCUUUGCUUCGAAUGCCAUAAAUGGUGAAGGAUUAAAUGACGGUUUGAUGUGGUUAUUUGAACAAUUGAAACAAAAUAAUAACUAA